CAGAGACUCAACAGACGAACUUCAUCUGGGCGUGACCUUUGACCUUUGACCUUUUUUCGACCAUCAUGUCAAAUAAACCCGACCAACCCAACAGCUACAGGGGGCGCUACAGCGAGCCGCUGCCGACCUCCAACUUUAAUGACGAUGAAGAUGAUUUUCAAGAGUUCGAGGCUUUCGAUAACGACCUCACACCGAGAGGCUUUGCCCCUGCAGGCGGAUCUCUGGCGGUGCAGAACGUGGACAUGCUUCGGCAGAGGAACUCGCCCAAGCACUUCACCAACGAGUACGACAUCGAAAACCUGGUGGUCCGCCGCGGUCAGCAGUUCAUGAUGCAGGUCACCUUCAACCGCCCGCUGGCGGACGGGGACGACUUCCAGGUCGAGUUCCUCAUUGGUUCUAACCCUACAGCCAGCAAGGGCUCCCUGGUGGUGGUGACCUUCGGCGACCGUAAGGGCGGCCCGUGGGAGGGUGAGAUCGUGGAGCACCAGGGCGAGUCUGUGAUUUUGGGCAUCACGCCGACGGCCAACGCCAUCGUGGGGAAGUUCCGUACGUACGUGGCCGUAGUGGCGGGCAGCGGCAUGCAGAGAACCAAGAGGGACACCAGCACCGACCUGUACGUGCUGUUCAACGCCUGGUGUGCAGAGGACGCCGUGUUCCUGGCUAACGAGUCAGAGCGGCGCGAGUACGUCCUGAACGACUACGGGGUGAUCUAUCAGGGUUCACUGGGGUCCGUGGUGAACCGCGACUGGAUUUAUGGACAGUUUGAGCGCGGCGUGUUGGACGCCUGCAUUCACAUCUUGGACGCUUCCCGGAUGCCGAUCUACGACCGAGGCAACGUCAUCAAACUGGUCCGGAAGGGCUCGGCCAUGAUUAACGCUCAGGACGACAGCGGCGUGCUGGUUGGGAACUGGAGUAACGACUACUCGAUGGGCCAGUCCCCGACAUCGUGGACCGGCAGCGUCAAGAUCCUGUUGCAGUACGCCAACACCGGCGUCUCCGUCUCCUACGCACAGUGCUGGGUGUUCGCCGGAGUCUUCAACACCUUCCUGCGCGCGCUCGGCGUCCCGUCGAGGGUCGUCACCAACUUCAGUUCAGCUCACGACAACACGGGCAACCUGAAGACCGACCUCAUCUUCAAGGAGGACGGCACGCCGGACGAACGCAACACCCGGGACUCCAUCUGGAACUACCACUGCUGGAACGAGGUGUGGAUCACUCGCCAGGACCUGCCGUCCGGCUUCGAAGGGUGGCAGGUGGUGGACGCCACGCCUCAGGAGACCAGCGACGGACACUUCCGGUGCGGCCCCGCUUCGGUGAAGGCCAUCAAGGAGGGUCUGCUGUGCCACCCGUACGACGCCGGCUUCGUCUUCGCUGAGGUGAACAGUGACCUGGUCUUCCACAAGCGAGACCGCUUUGGGACCCUGACCCCCUACCGGGUGGAGACAGACCUCAUCGGUCUGGCUGUGUACACCAAGGCUCUGAACGGGAACAGCCCGGUGGACGUCACACUGAACUACAAGUACCCUGAAGGCAGCACUGAGGACACGGCGACGAUGACCCGGGCCGAAGAAUACGGCUGUGAGAGGGAUCACUCUGAGAUACCUGACAACCCCCUGUCUGUCUCCAUCCACGCUGAGCAGGUGCUGCUGGGUCAGGACGUGUCCCUGCAGGUGAACUUCACCAACCGGAGCAUCAGCGAGAAGACCAUCAAGGCUCACCUGGCCGGCUCCAUCGUGUUCUACACCGGAGUCACCUCCAACCGCUUCAAGAACCACGAGUUCAGCGUCACCGUGCCGGGGACUGAGACUAUAACCCAGGUGAUCCCGGUGCCCAGCCAGGAGUACACUCCUCACCUCGGAUCUCAGGUCAGUCUGAACUUCAUUGUGACGGGAAAGUCAGAAGAAGAUUCAGUGACCGGCAUCAAGGUGCUGAACCUGCUGACCCCGAAUCUCACCGUGCAGUUGAGUGGUCGUUCUCGGGUGCGUCACAUGAUGUACAUGACCGUCUCCUUCACCAACCCGUUUAACUUCUCCCUGGGGAACGUGUACAUGGCGAUGGAAGGUCCUGGAAUGAUGAGCUACAGGAGGCGCUACUACAACUUCAUCGAGCCUCAGGGUUCGAUCUCCUGGACAGAAGCCUUUCGGCCUCGGCUGAUAGGGAACCGCACCCUGGUUGCAGUGAUGGACUGCAACAACCUUCGUCAGGUGAUGGGCGUGGCUCACGUCAGCAUCACAGGCUGAGCGGCUGAUUGGUCCACGGACCUGUGACACCCGCCCCUUUCCAUUUCUGCCCGUCCGCCAAUCACAGCAGCUAGAAACUGAGAGGGCGGAGCCAAAGCAACAGCGCAAAUCUUCGAUUUCUUCUUUAAUUUCUUUCAGGAAAACAAUUACAGCAAAAAUUAAUUCAAGUACUUUUGAUGUUUUUUACUCUUCUGAUGGAUAUUUUAGAUUAAAAUAAAACCUUGUUGAGUAAUAAAAGAGUUUUUAAAGGUCCAGAUAAUAAUCCUUGUUUUUA